AUGGUAAGAGGUGCUAUGGUGAUAGCAAGGGGAAGCAGAUUGGGUACACUGUACCAUCUUGAUGCAUGCACAGUUGAGUGCAAUAGUACUUCUGAUAAGAUUGUGAAAAAGACUACUCAGUCGGAAAAGGAGAGGGUUUCUUUUCAACAGAUGGUCAUGGUUUUUGGACUACAAGGCAAGGUUGCAAUAAUCACAGGCGGGUCGGGAGGCAUUGGAGAGGCCACUGUUCGGCUAUUUGCAAAUCAUGGGGCCAAAGUCAUAAUUGCAGACAUUGCAGACGAUCCUGGUCAAAAGCUAGCAGAAUCUCUUUCUCCCUGGGCGACAUAUAUUCACUGUGAUGUGAGCAAGGAGCAAGAUGUAAGCGCAACAGUGGAUUUCGCCAUGGAAAAGCACGGAAAACUUGACAUUAUGUAUAAUAACGCAGCAGUCGCCGACCACCAAAAAGUGAGCGUGGCAGAGUAUGAUAUGAAGGAUUUCGAUCGAGUGAUGAGUACCAAUAUAAAAGGAGUAAUGCACAGAAUUAAGCACGCAGCCCGUGUUAUGAUCCCCAACAGAAAGGGCAGAAUUAUCUCUACAUCUAGUGUUGGAGGUAUACUAGGAGGAGCUACUCCUUACUUAUACACUGCCUCCAAACACGCCAUUAUUGGGCUGACUAAGAACAGUGCGGCAGAGCUGGGAAAAUGUGGUAUACGAGUGAAUUGCAUUUCUCCUUCUUUAGUUGCCACAGAUCGGCUGAUACAGCAUUUGGGAAUGACCCCUUCGGCAGAGGCAAAGGCCCUGAUCGAAGCUGCGGUUCAGGUGUUAGCCCCCUUAAAGGAAGCCAGUCUUGAAGCAGAGGAUACUGCAGGGGCUGCUUUGUAUCUAGCCAGUGAGGAUUCCAAAUAUGUAAGCGGUCACAACAUGGUGGUGGAUGGGGGAAUGUCAGUUGUAUUAGACAUGAGUCCUUUAGCAAAAACUCUAAGCUUUCCGUAG